GACCUGGCGAGGCUGCCGAUCCCGGUGACUAACCUCUUUGCUCUCCUGUAUCCCGGUGGCUGUCUGCAGGCGGUGGCGGUGGGCCCGGCCCUCUUUGCUGGCGAUCCGGGAGCGGACGGCCCUCGCCAUGAUAGAGCAGGAGAAGGCUGAAUGGGAAAACUUAAAUAAGCUAUUAAUGCGUCAUGGGUUGAAACCAGUGAGUCUUGCUGCCCCCCAAAGCUGCAGAAAUACAGCAGAUAUGAUUGUCUUAGACAGUCAGUCUUCUCUAGGAAUAAGACUUGCAUUAAAAACACUGGUGGAAAACACUGACCGACAGCAGAAAAUGAUGCAGGGGCUUAUGGAGACCAAUCAUUCUCUUAGAGACAAGAUCCGUCAGGAAAGCAGUCGGGCAUCUCGACAAGAACAACGGGCUAAUGAUUUGGAAAAUGUGGUGAAAAACAUUAAGUCCAAAAUUUGCCAGCUGGAAGAUGAGACAAUAGCUAAAGUUUGCCAGCAACAGAAUCAAGUCAGAGAACUUCAAAAAGAUCAGCAGGCUUCACAGGCAAAAUACCAGCAUCAGCAGGAGAAGCUGCAAGAACAGGAAGAGACAAUUGCCCGUUUGCAGAAGGAGCUGUGCAAAGUUGGCCUGGAGGAGCAGCGGCGUGUUGCCACUCAAAAUAAAAUGUUUUGUCGUUUUUGCAAAAGAGCUCCCAAGUCUCUUCUAGAUCAGCAGUUCCUUUGUCUAAUUGACUAUUAUGAAUCGCAAAUUAGUGAAAUAAAAAAGGAGCUGAGGCAGUAUAAAAGAGAUGAAGAUCAGGUACCGAAAGAAGUGAAAAGCAAGGAAGAAUUCUUAGAUCUAGAUGCUACUCCUAAUUACAGAGCACUGCUCACGCUUGUUGAUUAUGGAAUGAGUGAAAUAAGAGAAGUAACACAGCCUAUGUUGCAGUCUUUUCAGAAACAACUUAUUGAAACAAAAACCAGGAAUGAGCAGCUUUUGCUUGAAAAUAUAAAUCUCAAGAAAGAUUUGGAAACAAGACCAACUGCACAAGAAUUAAAACUUUACAAGCACCAAGUGAAGAAACUAGAGAAAACUUUAAAGAAAACUAUCAAAUCUUCGGAGAGUAGUACCGGAGAAAGAACAGAAGAAAAGAAAGAAUCUGAGAGUAUCGCAGGGGUGGAUAGGCUGCAGGCAGUUUGCCAACAGUACUUAAAGGUUUUGUCCCAUAUUGAUUCUAUCUUGCGAAGCCCAAGAGCUCCUCCGUUAAUAUACAGGCGCAGUAAAGGGCCAGUGCAAAAUUACAUUAAAGAGAAUGAACAGGAAUGUGGAUUUGAGCACCUUUCACCCACUAUAGAAAUGUGGGCAGAUCAGCUAAUGGCCCUGAAGGAUUUGCAUAGGUCCUUGAGAAAACUGUCUCUGGAAUUGGCACCCUGGCAUACUGAAGAUCUACAAGACAACAGGGAGUCCAUACGAGUUGAAGACCUCCAGUUCAUAGUAGAUGCCAUUUUGGAAGAAAUAGAAAAUAAGGAAAAGAACAGCCAGACACCAUCCGUACCAACCCUGUUAGCAAUAGUCUCUCACUUCCAGAAGUUGUUUGACGUGAAUUCUCUCAGUGGCAUUUAUCCACGAAUGCAUGAGGUUUACACAAAGCUUGGGGAAAUGACCAACGCCAUGAGAAAUCUCCAGGAGCUCCUGGAACUAGACAGCUCUGCUCCACCCACUGUGGUAGUGGAUACUGUUGGGAAACUGUGUGACAUAAUUAAUGAGGAUGUGACUGAGCCGGUACAGCAGCUUCUGGGGACCCAGGACGUCCACAGUAUAAUCAAUAAGUUAGAAGAACAUGAGUGCUUCUUUCCACCAUUUCAAGCUCUCAUUCAAGAUUUGCUCUGUCUUCUAGAGAUCUGUAAGCUGGAUGAUAUUUUACCUACAGUACGAAAGUUGAAGUUGGCAGCUAGUUAAGGGUUACUCUGGUCUUCUUUAGCAAGAUCAUCUUACCUGUGACAGAACACAAUGGUGCCUAUGACAUGACAGCUACCUCUAUCCUCUAUUACCCUAACCAAAAGACUUUUUACAUAAUUAAAAGCUGCUGCAUUUUUCUUAUUUUUCUUAAUAAUUUGUCAUUUUAAGAAAAACCCACUAUAACUCCAAUCAGCCAUCCUUGAAAGAGAACCGGUAUGCUCUGUAUCAGCCCAGGAAACUGAACCCAACCCAAGGCCAGAUGUGCUCUAACCGCUAAGAAUUUUGAAUGCUGCUGACACAGUAAGCAUGAGAUAAAGGUGCUCUAACUGCAUUAGCCAUAACAGUUCCAUCAAUGGCCUGUGUUGGUUUGCUGGACAGCCUAUUUUAAAAUGUUGUUUACAUUUUCAGAUCAGUUUGGGAUGUGAGCAGAUUUUUACUGUGUGAGUUAUGUAUUGAUGGUUAUGGAUGGAGGCAGACUAGAUUUGUGUAAUCUAAGCCAAAUGUAUUUGAAACUUGUUUGAGGUGGUGGUUUAUGGGCUUCUGCCUAGCACAGAUUUGAAGCUAUAUAUUUCAAAAGUCAGUUUUAGAAAGGCAUAGAUCAAGAUCAUUAUGCAAGACAGAAGUUUAUUGUACAGAAACAAUACACCAAGCUUCCAAAAAUAGUUUUGGUAUAAUUUGCUCUGCUGUUAAGAAAGCUUACUUUACAAAAUUCUGCUGUUCCUCAGGCAGAACACUUUACUAUCAAGGUUUACAAGAUUUUGAAAUGUACUGCAAUAAAGAACAAAAUACGUUAAGGCAUCACAAACUGAAACCUUAAUGACUUGGUGAACUGAUCUCCCUCCUCUUGGAAGCUCGUUAUAUACGUAUCUGCAGCCACAAUAUGCCAAGAUACUUUUGAACAGUGGAAUAGCAAUUACUUAGUUUCUCAAAAAACAGUUGCCAUUAGAGUCUGAAACAGGUUCUUCCAACGGCUUCUGUAGCCUUCAGAUGAAGAAUGCCGUUUAAAAUUUAUUCUGUGAGAAGUACAAGGCUUUCAUGUUAAAACAACAUGAAUAGGAUCCUGGGGAAACGAGACUGCCAAGCAAAGUAAUAACACUGAGCUGACACUCUGAAGGAUCUCCAGGCACAACACUUCCUUAAGAGGGUAUCCAUAUUUGAGGGUUCUCUGGGAGAGAGGUGCCAGAAAUAGCAAAAAUAAAGAACUCCUUAUUGAGGGGCAAUUUAUCCCAAUGUGGGGCGGUUUUGUUUGUUUGGUUUUUUUUUCUGAGUAGGAUCCUUAAAUUUACAUGUCCUGAGCUGAAGACUGCUUCAGAUUUGCAGUGACUGUUCAAAACACGUUAAUUACAGGAGAUAUGUACAUUCUUACAAAGUUGAAAAAUCAGUAACUUAUGUACAUGAGAAGAAAUCAUGUUUUCUUGCUCCUACUCCUUGUCAGCUCAUACCUGCAAGACAGACACAAGUAAUUACAGUUGUUGCAGACUUUCUUUAAUGUUUUAACUGGCACAGUAGGGAGAACUUGGGCUGCUUUAUGGCCUGUGCUCCACAGGCACCAUGGCAAAGGAGCUGCGGGGAUGGGGUCAGCCUUCACCAGGAACUUGGAAUGAGUCAUUUCCUCCUGCUCUGUAAUUGCCAUAUCCCUCUGUGAGGCACACAGGCAAGCAGGGCCAAGGGAACUUGGUUUUCCCAUCCUGUCUGCAUGGAUGGCAGGCUUCUGGACUACCCGUGCUUCAUUUCUUGGGCUCCAUUGAAGCAGAAAGAAGGAAGAACUACCACUGUUAACUACAGACAUAGAAGGGGGAAAAAAACCAAACCUUGGUUCUCAGUCUUUGCCUCAUUCCAAUGCUUAACUGAACCACAAUGAACACACAAGCAAAAUUGCAAGUGGCUUAUUAUAAUAGUUGCUGUAAAUGCUUUGUAAUUAAAGUUUUAUCAUAUAUAUAUAUAUUGCUGAUCAGACUAUUAAUUUAGUUAAGAUCUUUAUCCAAGUUAAAAUUUAUCACAAGGUUGCUUUAAUAAACAUAAUUCUUUU